UCUGAACAGUUUUAGUCUUGUGUUUGUGAACGAGGUUUCUGAUUUCCACCCCUUGGCCAUAACAAGAUAAUUCCUUGAAAAUGCAAGUUAUAAGCAAACCUGUGCAAGAGACAUCUACACCAUUACAAGUGGUGUUACUUGGUAAAACAGGAGCUGGGAAGAGUGCCUCAGGAAACACCAUCCUGGGACAAAGAGCUUUUGAAUCAAAGAAGAGUUCCAAAUCAGUGACCACUGAUAUUCAAACAGUAAGUGCCAAAUAUGUUGGAAAUGAUCUUGUGGUGUAUGACACUCCUGGAUUCGGUGACCCUGAUCGAUCCACAGAAGAAAUUCAAGAGAAAUUCCAGAAUGUUCUCAACAGAACUUCAUCUGGCCCUCGUGUCUUUCUGCUGGUGCUGAAGAUAGAUAGAUUUACAGAAGAAGAGAAGAAUGUAAUCAGUAAAGCAGAAGAACUUCUUGGUCAGUGUCUCUUGAAGCAAACCUGGAUCCUGUUCACCAGAGGAGAUGAGCUGGAAGGCCGGACUAUAGAGGAAUUCAUUGAUGAGUCAGAAGACCUGACAGAAGUGGUGAAGAAAUACAGUGGAAGAUACCAUGUGUUCAACAACAUGAGUAGUGAUCCAUACCAGGUCAAUUCACUUCUGGAAAAGAAGUUUACCGGUUUCAAUUCAACAAUUUGUCCAAUCAGGAAUCUCCCGGAGAGAAGGAUCAUUCUGCUUGGGAAAACUGGAGUUGGGAAGAGUGCAUCAGGAAACACAAUCCUUGAUAGAAAAUGUUUCCAUUCUGAACUAAGUACAUCCUCUAUAACUCGAACAACUGAAUUACAGAAAGGUGUAAUUGAUGGGAGGAUGGUCAGUGUGGUGGACACUCCAGGUCUGUUUGACACACAGCUCUCUGUUGAAGAAAUAGCAAAAGAGAUUGAAAAGAGCUUAGAUUUGUUUAGUACAGGACUCCAUGCCUUCCUCAUAGUGAUGUCUAUAAAAGAUAGAUUCACAGAGAAAGAGCAACAAGCUGUUGAAAAUCUAGAGAGUUUGUUUGGGUCAGGAAUGUCAGAGUACGCCAUCAUCCUCUUUACUCAUGGAGACCAGCUAAAAGGUCACGACAUGAAGAAGCUGAUUAAUGCUAACCAGAACCUCAGCCGAGUGGUAGAAAAAUGUGGGGGCAGAUAUCAUUUCUUCAAUAAUAAUGAUAGAGGAAACAGAGCCCAGGUCAGGGAGCUGAUGGAGAAGAUAAACAGAAUGGUGGAGGAGAAUGGACGAACCUGCUACACCAGUGACAUGUUUAUAGAUGUAGCCAAGGAGAAGGCAGCGGUGGAGGAGAGGAAGAAGAGGGAAGAGGAGGAGAGGGUCCAGAGGAGGAGAAAGAUAACUGAGAAGGAUAAGGGAGAGAGGAUUAACAGAGAGAAGGAAAAAAUGCAGAAAGAGAGUGGGAGUAUCCAGGAGGAGAAAGAGUUGAACCAAAGGGAGGAGGAGGAGAUAAACCAGAAAGAAAAGGUGAAGCCCCAGACAGAACAGGAGGAGAAGAUUCAGAGAGAUAGAGAGAGGCUCCAGAUAGUGAAAGAGAGGAUCCAGAAGGAGAAAGAGGGGAUCCAGAGGGAGAAAGAGAUCAUGAAGGAAAAAGAGUAA